GAGUCUGUUUGUUGACAUCGGAUGGAAGCGACCAUCAGAGUGAAGACAGCGGAUAAAAGCUCUUUUUCUCUCGGUCUUCCAGACUCUCCGCCCCGGGGAAAGCCGAGGUAGACCCCGGCAGCUGAGCCGAGCUCUCACACACACCGGUGACCGCUGGUUGUAGCUGUUAGCACAGCUCGGAGCUAGCGCUAGCCCCACCAGCUAACACAGCUAACAGCAUAGCAGGGAAAGUCAUCGUUAGCCUGCAGCUAAUUGAACCGUGCUGACACCGCAGCUGCACACGGAGCUGUAAAUAGAAGAACACGCGCGGUGUUGAGCGCAGCUUCGUGUUUCCUGUCCGCGUGUCAUCCACUGUGCACGGCUCCAGUGUUGUUAGCUAGCUGCGCCGCUAACUCAGUAACAGUGCCCCCGGGACACAGCGCUGUGUGCGGCUAGCUAACAAACUCGCAGUGGCGACCACAGCGAAGCUGCGCAAUCAGCCCCAUCAGCCGGAGACACUGGAGUGCUCGCCUCCCGAGGUGACCUGCACUGGCCUGUGUGUGAGCUGAGCCGGAGAAGAAGAGGGGUUGAACAUGGCAGCCAAAGCAGGAGACAACCCCGAGAGCCUCAUGACUCUGGCAACCGUGUUCUGCCUGAGGAACCUCAGGAAGACCAUGUGCUACCAGGGCUUCAGGAACAAGCUGUGCCUGCGCUCAGACAUCUUCCUGCCCAGCGAGAUCUGCGACAAGCUGGUCAACUCAUACAUGGAGCUGGUUCACACAGACAGUAACUUUGAACCAGAGGAGAGCUUCUUCCAGCUCUUCUCCGACCCUCGAAGCACCAGACUGACCAGGGUACAGCUGAGAGAAGACUUUGUACGAGACAGAGAUCUGGAGGCCAUUAGAAAACAGGACCUGAUUGAGCUCCACCUCACCUACUGCAACAGUCUGUCGUCCCGCAGCCUGAAGACACUGACCUGCUUCCGCGAGACUUUGGUGUCUCUCUGUCUUUUUGGCUGCAGCCACAUCUUCUACAGGAAGGGCGGCGCCCCACUCGCCUGCAACGAGGACUCUGAGGACGAGGAGGAGGAGAGCCCAGCCUCUAGGCAGGCGUUAGAGAUGGACUUUAACUUCCAGGGGUUCAACCGCCUCCGAUUGCUCAACCUGGGCGGUCUACCUGACGAAGUGAAUGCUGAGACGCUGCUCAAACCCCUGAAGUCUCUCACCUCACUAGAUCUGUCUAACGUACAGUUGCUGGGAACGGCAUUUCUCACCCAGUGGAAAGACAGAUUGGCCUCGCUUGUCCUCUACAACGUGGAUCUGUCGGAGGAGUUGGUCAGCACCGUGGUGGAGCUCGUUAAUCUCAGGCAUUUCGACAUCUCGCGGGAGAGCCGGCGGACCUCCAAGUCUAAGAUGACACGGAAGAUUUUGACGGCGUUCAUCCAGCGUCUGGUCAAUCUGGUGUCUCUGGACAUCUCAGGUCACAUUAUGCAGGACAACUGCACAGUUCCACACUUUGAAGAAGCCAUGGGGCGACCGAGCAUCGAACCGUGCAAGAGCAGCAUCUAUCCUUUCCAGGAGCUGAAGAGGCCGCUGCAGUUUCUGGGCCUUUAUGACACUACCCUCUGUAACGUCACACACAUCCCUGCUUAUAAGGUGACUGGGUCAAAGAACGAGGACCAGGUCCUGAAUGCGAUCGAGGCUUACACGGAGUUUCGUCCUGAACUCGCCCACAGAGCCAUCAAUCAGCUGUUUGACAUCGCCAGGAUACAACACUGUAGUCAGCUGCUCCGCGCGUUGCAACUCGUCAUCGCAGCGUUGAAAUGUCAUAAAUAUGAUAAGAGCAUCCAGGUGACGGGCAGCGCCGCUCUGUUCUACCUGACCAACACAGAGUACCGCAGCGACCAGAGUGUGCGGUUACGCCGAGAGGUCAUUCAAGUGGUACUAAAUGGAAUGGAACAGUAUCAGGAGGUCACUGUCCAGAGGAACUGCUGCUUGACUCUGUGCAACUUCAGCAUUCCGGAGGAGCUGGAGUUCCAGUACAGUCGGGUCAACCAGCUGCUGCUGAAAAUCCUGGAGCCGGCCCGGCAGGACGAGUCCAUCCAGAGAAUCGCUGUUCACCUCUGCAAUGCUCUGGUCUGUCAGGUGGACAACCAUCACAAGGAGGCUGUGGGGAAGAUGGGCUUUGUUAAGACCAUGUUAAAUUUAAUUCAGAAGAAGCUACAAGACAGAAUGUGUGACCAGGUGAUGGAGUUUUCCUGGAGCGCUCUGUGGAACAUCACAGACGAGACACCUGACAACUGUCAAAUGUUCCUCAACUGUCGGGGGAUGAGUCUGUUUCUGGAGUGUCUUCAGGAGUUUCCAGACAAGCAGGAGCUUCACCGCAACAUGCUGGGGCUCUUGGGAAAUGUUGCUGAGGUCAAAGCUUUGAGGCCUCAGCUCCUCACCCCACAGUUCAUCACCGUUUUCAGUAACCUUCUGGACAGUAAGGCCGACGGGAUCGAGGUGUCGUAUAACGCCUGCGGCGUGCUCUCACACAUCAUGUUUGAUGGGCAGGAGGUUUGGUCGAUGGAAGACCCACUGAGAGACACGGUGAUGGACAAGAUGUGGGACGCCAUCCAGAGCUGGGACGUCAGCUCACGCCGCAACAUCAACUACAGGUCGUUCGAGCCGAUCCUGCGGCUGCUGCCUCAGGGCAUCGCUCCGGUCAGUCAGCACUGGGCCACGUGGGCUCUCUACAACCUGGUGUCAGUUUACCCGAGCAAGUAUUGUCCUCUGCUGAUUAAAGAAGGAGGGAUCAGUCUUCUGGAGAACGUUCUGGAACUGGACAGCUCACAUCCAGAGACCAAGGACAUGGCCAGGAAAGUGAUGGAGCAGUGUGAGAACUUCAAAGAGGACCCCAUGGAAACAAACCAGGGACAGGAGGUAAACUACGGACAAAGAGGUUGACGCACAGGAGCAAACAUCGAUAAAAGCAACCUAAGGCCCCGCCUACCGCCAUCAUCACGAGGGUCGAUCGUGUGCAUUAUUCUUACUCUUAUCAUUCUUCUUACUUUCUAGAGCAGAACUGUCUCUGACCUGUCGCAGCAGCUUGGACAGAACCUUAAUAUUUGACACGUAGGACUUCAGACGUUGGUGCAUGGUGUUUUGUUGUGAGGGUGUUUACCUGCUGCACAUGAGCAUCUCUAUUACGACGGGUCUGUGGGGGUGGGUGACUCUGUUUUCUGUGUGUGUGUGUGUGUGUUUGUGUGCGUGUGUGUGUGUGUGUGUGCGUGCGUGUCACAGACUUAACGACGGAACAGCUGGAGUGAUGCUUGUUUCUCAGUGGAAGGAAACAAACUCCCUCCUCAGCUCACUCGGCCUCGUCGUGUCCUGCGCCGCCGUUACACCUCCUAGUUCUCACGCUUGUCCGCUGAGUUGCGGACACAUGUACAGUGAAUAUUAGCCAUUAUGUGUGUAGACCGCAGAGAAGCGUCACACGGAUGUGACGGGAGACUUUCCCGACCUCGUGGCACAACGAUGGACUUCUUUGUUAAAUAUGUAAAUAUUCUGUUGUCUCAUCCUUUUACUGUGCGUAUGUUUUAUAAUAUAACUGUAAACACUCAUGACUUUUCUCUAUAUUUAAAUCUCUAGGUUUGACUGAUGUGUGGUCAGUGAUCAGAAACUAUUAACAGAAAACUCAGUCAUUCAGAUGAUGUGUAGAAAAACCUGGACCCUCUUUGUUCUUCAUCAUUUAGAUUCAAGCAACAUCCACAAGACUACGUUUUUAUUUUGAAACUCGUCACCGUUACGCUCCACGACACGACAGAGUUCUCAGCCUCUGAAUCAGAGACUCGUGUGAGCUGAUCUCAUUUUAUUUUGAAAACUCUGGUUUUGUGUUUUAGUCUGAACACAAACUGAGACUUUAGUAAAGGAUGACGCCCACGUUCUCUUCUGAUUGGUUCUCAUCAGUCACAUGACUCGACUACCAGCGGUGAACACAAAGCGUCGCUAACACUUCCUGUCAGGAACAGCUCCACCCCGUCGUCGCUCGGAGAAAAGAAAUCUCUGCUCUGACUUCUCAGAGGAGGAGACCAUCUACUUCCUGUUUACAUCACAUGUCCAGUGUACGUGAACGGUCAUGUGACGUGUGUUCAGGGAUGUGAGUGUGAGGUAUUAAUGAUACGGAGCGAAACGUGGAGCUCGUGGGAGCAGUUUAAGAUUUGAAAUGAAAACGUUGUGGUGUGGAUGUAGAGUUUGAAUUAUCUGGCAUGGUAACCUGACUCCGUUCAGUCCUCUCACUGGAGACACAGAAAAUACUCUAUAUGGCCAAAAGUAUGAGGACACUAACACAGCACGGGGACACCAUCAACACCAGCUCUGUAAACAAAUGGUUUGAUUUGAAAGAACAAUACUGACCUGCCCAGACUCCAGCGUGAUGUUACUGACACCCAACUCCUUCUGGGUGAUGGUUCAUCUUCUGAUGGAAACCUGAAACCAGACGAGUGGGAGCUGUUAGAGCAGCGCUAUCAUCAGCCUUCAUGUUCCAACCCAUUUACUGUCACAGUCAUGUACUGUUGAACUCUGGGUCGCUGCAGCAGAGCCAUCAUUUUAUUUUUAUUUCAUUCAACAGUCUUCUUUCCUGUCAUCACCUGUAACUACAUUACCCACAAUUCAACUUAGCCACAGGCAGUUAAUUCAGGGCUUUAGGUGUGUUAUGCUCGAAGCAGCGGCUGAUGUAUCGUGUUCUUUCAAGCUUUGUUUGGUGUCCACAUACUUAAGGCAAUGUAGUGUCUGAGGUCGUUUAACCAUACAGACGACAUCUUGAAUCUUAGCGCCAAUUAUCCCGCCCCUCCGAACUCAACAGUGCCUCCGGUGGUCAAGUUCUGUGCCAGAUGAUGACAGAGACGAGGUUGAGGGAAACGAUCCUUUAACGACGUCUGAUGACCUCGUGUUUCCAGGUUAACAUGCUGCUACUUUACUGCUUCACUUCGAUCAAACACUUUUCUCUUGAAAGCUGGUGAAAACAAAGUGGUGCGUUCACAUCUAUGUUUAAAUAUUUGAAACUGGAAAGAUGUGUUGGAGAAGUCUAGAAAGAAAACGUCAUCAAGAAUCUGAACUGAACGCCAUCGCAGCUCUCACCUUUAACUUGUUGUCACUUGACUCCAUGUUUUUCAUGAACCAAAAUCAAAGUCUGAGUUUAUUUACUCCGACCUUACAGGCGCCUGUAGCUUCGACUCUCAGCGGAACGUUAAAGUAGACGUGUUGUUUUUGUGUUUCUUUCCUCUAGUGUUUAGUGUUAAGAUUUUUUUGUGAAUGUAAAACUUCUGCAAAUUUUAAAAGCCCAAAGUCUGUGGUAAAGCGAGCUCCUCCCCUGCACAGGAAGCACCUCAUUAGUACCCACCUAUACUUCCUCAUCAUUGUGAUGUCACAAUGCCCCACAUUGGCGUAACUCCCACCAAGCGUCUCGCCUGUGGCAGAGGGAGCUCCUGCACCUGAAGCUCCUCGUCAGUCGUCUGGACGAGAGUUAGGCCAAAACUAAAAAUUCAAAAACUGACAGUUCUCCUAACAAAGCCAGCUAAAGGUAAAAGAGAGGAGCAGCUGACCAAUCAGAGCAGACUUCAUCAGGAGGGGGGGGGGGGGUCUUAAAGAGACAGGGGCUAAAACCAAGUGUUUGAGACAGAGGCUGAACAGAGGAGCUGCAGCGAUGGACAGUCUGAGGACAGAGAUUCUGAACAUUAGAGCGUGAAGACAUUUGACAUUAAUAACACUAAUUCAAAUUAACCUGAAGAUGAACGGAAUAUUUCUCCUUGAAUUAAAUAGGAAUGUAAUGGGGCAGGUUCUGCUUUCAUUUAUCUUUUGAGAUGGUUUAAAGGAUAAAGGAAAGUUGAGUCUGUGUAUUGUUCUGAAUUAUUCUUGUGUUGGCUUGGGCAACAAUUGACUAUUGUAAUUAUUCAUCCAUUUUUUAUUUUACAAAUAAUUGUAAGCUGUGAACAGUUUAUAAGUUUAAGGACGGAGCUGUUUCUUUACUUUAAUGUUUAAGUUUGAUUCUGGUGUUUGUAGCCGUUCUUCUUUGAGUUCAGUUCGACUCCGCUCACCCAUGAUGGCGAGACGGAGCAGGAAGUGAAGGAACAUACGUGCAAUGACGGUUGUUUUCUCCUGCAGCUGGUUUAGUUGAAACAGGUCUGACAUAAUAAACAAUGGCUUCUAAUAACAUCACACUGGCUCCACAGUGUCGCUCAGUGACUCUAAGUAAAGAUGGACGACGUAUUGCCACUUCCUCCCCACUGUACAAAAAUUAGAGCCAAAUAUCUCAGAUAAGAACGCAACCGUCUUGUGCUGGUGACGUCAUUCGGAGUAAGGGACCAAUCCUGAGUCAGUGUCAGCUGUCAAUCAUGACGUCUCCGCCUGUUUUUAUAUCAUCAAAUAACUGAUUCAACCAAACUGAUGAGAAACACUUGAACAAACCAGUGAGAUGAGAACGAGCUGAAACGACAGAAACAUCUUUUCAAACAUUUAUUUAACGUCUACUUUGAGUUUUAAGUUAGUCCCAUCUGCUAACAUGGAGGAGGUUUAUGGCCUAUUCUGCAGCCAGACACCAGGGGGAGAUAGUGAUGUUCUGGCUUCACUUUUAGAGCCCUUCACGUCGUCCAUCUUUAUUUCCACUCAGCUCCAGCCUAUUUACAGUUUGUUGAUGCUGAACUUUUUUAUUUUACUUUUCAUAUCGCUCACAUUUGGUUUUAUUAGCUGAGCCGAUUUCCUUGUCACGUACAGUUCCAGUUUAUUGGAAUCUGAUCGGUACAGUCGUGUUUUUAUUUCUAUUUUUACUAACGUUCACGUCGACAUAAGCUUCAUCAGAGACUCGCUAAAUGUUUCUGUCUGGAAUUCAAUUGAGGUCAAAACUAAAUCUGAGUUUGUUAGAGACAGUGUUUGAUUAAAGGUGCUUGAGGUAGAAAGUAGAUUUAUCUUGAGCCUCCAUCACUCAUCUGACUUCUUAGCUUCCCAUGAAGAAACACAUUGUGAUGGCAGGUAGCUACUGUGGGUUGUUGACUGUUCCUGAUUAUUUAUAAAGAUGUAUGUACUGAAAUUUAAAAAAAAGAAAUGUUUGGAGAAAUGAUGAGAAACUGCUGUGUCGCAAACUGAUUUCACGUUUCUGAAGUGUGUUGACACUCUGUCAUUGGUUUCUUUUGUAAUUGUAAUCCAAAUCUGGGUGAGGAACAUUUGAUCCGAACUGUGUGGAGUUUUUCCUGAUCUGAAUAUUACCAGGCCGUCAGUGUAAAGGAAAGAGUAAGCAAUAAAGAUGGAGUGGGAAUGUG